GGGGUGGGUCGGCAAGGCAGGGAGCCCCAAGGAGUGCCAGCCCUCAGCCUUCAUGUGCGUUCACAGCCUUUGGACAGAGCUCACUCGUGUGGACCUCGGGCCAGAAGCGGGUCACACGUUGGCAGCCAGGGGCCUGGCACCAGCUCCACCUAUGCGCCUGUCCCGCAAACCCGCCCUGCGCCGCCUCUCCGCUCGGCUCCGGGCUCAGGGUCCACUUCCCUUCUGGCUCCGCCUCUCUACGAUUGCCCCGCCCACACCACGAUUUCCCCGCCUCUAAUGGGCGGGGCCAGACCAUCUUAAAGGAGUGGGCGCUGCCCCCGCAGCGCUGCGGAGCGCUCCCGGUGGGUCACCUCUGUGCCGCCGGUCUCCCGCCACCGCCGCUGCGGUCAUGUCUUCUCCGCUGCCGGCCCGCCACAGUGCUGGGCGCCAGGCAGAUGGGGCGCCGCAUGGACGCGUCCACCAGCGCCGCGUCGGUUCUCGCUUUCCUGGAGCGCGGCCACACCGAUAUAGACACGGCCUUCAUCUACAGCGACGGCCAGUCCGAGAGCAUCCUGGGCGGCCUCGGGCUGGGGCUGGGCGGCGCAGGCUGCCGAGUGAUGCUCAAGCCUGGUCUAGCUGGAACCACCUGGCUGUCCGCUCUCUGGCACAGUGACGACGUGGGAAUCUAGCUUUAGGGGGCCUUCUCAUCCUUCCACUGAUGUGCUCCUCACCGGCCUGAUCUGCAGGAAUCCUGUCCUUACCACUCUGGUUUUCCUGACACAGGCCCAGACGUGAUUUUGAAACAGCCCCAGAUGUGACUUCGGAGUCUGUAGCAGAUCUCCUUUGCUCAUGCCAGCAUUGCUCUGGUCCGUGGACCUUGCUCCUAGUAGCUGCUGGUGUCUGUGGGCUUGGCAGAGCCUCCUGCUUCACUGAGGGGGAGGCUCUGGGAUCAUAACGGCCCCUGAGUGGCUGAUUCAUCUGACUCCCUGUGCCAGGCAGUUUUAAUUUGCAUCUCUCGAAUGACCAGUGAUGCUGAACAUUUCUCAUGUAUUUAUUUGCUGUU